AAUGGUGAUGGGUUUAGUGAGUGUGGAUAAAACGUGCCCUGAAUCCACCAAUCAGCUUUCAUAGAAAUCCCACCACUACUCUUUCUCCACCCCAAAUAAAAAUAUAAAUAAUAAAACUAAAUAGACAAACGCAUCUAUCAGAGCAGAGCUCGCGGCGACCUCAUAUCCUAUGUCUGCUUCCUAAACAUCAAUCCCACAUAAAAAUCGCACACAAAACCCUUAAUCCUAAAUUUCCCUGAUUUUUAGGGUUUUCGGAUGCGAUUCACUAGAAUUUAAUCGGUGCUGGAAUUAAUUGGUUUAUCGGCAGCGAUAAAGUUAUAUAAAUGGCCGUGUCGAGUGCGCUUGUGGGUGCAAAGCUCGAUGCCCUGUUGGUUGGCAAUACGGCGUCGUCUUCGUUAUCUGCGUCCGCAUCACCGGCUCAGAUUGGCUUGCUCGGCAAGCCGGCCGCUGUUCGGGCCAAGCGAGCCGCGUUGAUCCAUAGGAAUUCUGGAAUUUUCAGGUGCGAGGCUUCUCGCGAUGCUCUUGUUCAGACCGAGAAGGUGGACCCCAUCAAUGCAGCUUCUUCGGCAUCGGCCUCGAGCCUCACCGCUCUGGAGCAGCUCAAGGCGUCCGCAGCUGACAGAUACACAAAAGAAAGAAGCAGUAUAGUGGUAAUUGGUCUUAGCAUCCAUACAGCACCCGUAGAAAUGCGUGAGAAACUCGUUAUUCCUGAAGCCGAGUGGCCCCGAGCUAUUGGCGAGCUUUGCGGUUUGAAUCAUAUAGAAGAAGCUGCUGUUCUUAGUACCUGCAAUCGGAUGGAAAUCUAUGUUGUUGCCCUUUCUAGGCAUCGAGGUGUUAAAGAAGUUACCGAGUGGAUGUCAAAGACGAGCGGCAUCCCCAUCACCGACAUCUGCGAGCACCGAUUCCUCCUCUACGACAACGACGCUACCCAACACAUCUUCGAGGUCUCGGCCGGCCUCGACUCUCUCGUUCUCGGCGAGGGCCAGAUCUUAUCCCAAGUAAAGCAAGUAGUAAAAACCGGGCAAGGCGUGGUCGGGUUCGGCCGCAACAUCAGCGGCCUCUUCAAGCACGCCAUCACCGUCGGCAAGCGCGUCCGCUCCGAGACCAACAUCUCCGCGGGUGCCGUCUCCGUGAGCUCCGCGGCCGUCGAGCUUGCCCUCUCCAAGCUCCCUCCCAACGCCCACUCCGCCUCAUCCCGGUUCCUCCUCGUCGGCGCCGGGAAAAUGGGCAAGCUCGUCGUGAAGCACCUCGCCGCAAAAGGAUGCCCGCGCGUCGUCGUCGUGAACCGUUCCGAAUCCCGCGUGUCGUCCAUCCGCGACGAGAUUAAAGAAAUUGAGGUCGUUUACAAGCCGCUCGACGAGAUGAUGGCGUGCGCGGCCGAGGCGGACGUGAUCUUCACGAGCACGGCCUCCGAGACGUUGCUUUUUACUAAAGAUGACGUGGCGGGCCUUGUCCCGGGCCCGAGGAUGUUUGUUGACAUAUCGGUGCCGAGGAAUGUGGGGGCGUGUGUUGGGGAGGUGGGGCCCGCGGUGUACAAUGUGGAUGAUUUGAGGGAAGUUGUGGCGGCGAACAAGGAGGAUCGGGCGCGUAAGGCGAGGGAGGCUUGGGCGAUUAUAGCGGAGGAGUCGGGGAAGUUUGCGGCUUGGAGGGAUUCGCUGGAGACGGUGCCUACUAUUAAGAAGCUGAGGGCUUAUGCGGAGAGGAUAAGGGCGGCUGAGCUGGAAAAGUGUUUGUCGAGGAUGGGGGAAGAUUUGCCGAAUAAGGCGAGGAAGGCGGUGGAUGAUCUUAGCCGGGGGAUUGUGAAUAAGUUGUUGCAUGGGCCAAUGCAGCACUUGAGGUGUGAUGGGAGUGAUAGUCGGACGCUGGGCGAGACGCUGGAGAAUAUGCACGCGCUGAAUCGGAUGUUUGAUUUGGAGACUGAAGUGUCGGUUCUGGAGCAGAAGAUUCGGGCCAAGGUGGAGCAGGUGAAAAAGUGAUUGUUUUGAGUCACCUCUUGUUUUGUUUUUCUUCUCUUUACGUGUGUGAAUAAGCGGGGACACUGCAUGAGAUGAGAAGUGUAAUUUUAUUCUUUUUUUUUUUUUCUUUUUUNUCUAUAGAGGGAAUGUUGAUCAGGUUAGAUUUUUUUAAUUGGAAAAUCUUUCCUGGUUGGUUAUGUUUGUCUUGAAAAGUUAACCAAAAUGCCUCGAAAUGGUGUACGCUGUGAGGAUGUGAGCUUCAUCCAUGUACCGAUGAUUUAUUCUGGGUGUAACAGUAUUUCAAACCUUUAACUUGAAUUUAAUUUACCUUUUGCAUUUCCUUUCUUUAUUCUUUCUAUAUAGUUA